AUGUAUUCGUAUAGCUAUAGACAUGUAAGACAUGCUCGCUACCAUCGAGCCAUGGGAGCUCUAAUUGUAUACGAUAUUACGAGUCACACAACGUUCAAGAAUGUUGAGCAGUGGCUUAAGGAACUUCGUGGAUUCUUUGAUACCGACAAGCUCAUGAUCAUGCUCGUUGGUAACAAAUCUGAUCUUGACCAUCGUCGAGAAGUAUCAAUGGAGGAAGCAAAGUCUUUCGCAGAGAAAGAAAAACUUUUAUUCAUUGAAACAUCAGCUCUUGAUGCCACCAACGUCGAAGAAUGUUUCACAAAUGUUUUGACUCAGAUCUACAAUGAUGUCACGAGUCCAUGA